AUGGGGGGCCAUUCUGACCUAGUCGAGUUCUUUAUUGAGAGAAAUUGUAACACAUCACAAGACAAUAGUAAUGGUGCAUCUUUGUCUUUGUUAGCUUGUAAAAGUGGUCAAUUAGCAUUAAUUCGAAAGCUUGAAGCAAGAAAUCUGUUCGUACUAAAUUCAACAGAUUUUUAUGGUUUUUCUGUACUUCAUUAUUCAUGCAUGUCUGAUGGAGUUAAGCUUUUGAAGUACCUUCUAGAUCAGUAUCAGAUAGCAAUUGAUGUGAAGAGUCGAAAAGGCAGUACUCCACUUCAUAUUGCUUCAUGGUUUGCUUCAUCAUCAGUUGUUGAGCAUAAUGUUAGUAUUCAAGGUAAUGAAGCAUUAUUAGUUACUGAUAAUGAUGGCAAGUUAUGUCUACAUUAUGCAAGUGAUGCAUCUAUGCAUAUUGAAGCUGCUUGUAUUGUGUGCAGUAGACUUUUUGUGCAACAUAAUACAGCACGUAUAUAUAUCAAUGGAACUACCAUGAUAAAGCAUAAUAUUGACUGUCAUAAAUUUAAUCAGAGAGCUAAUUUUUUUUUAUCUACUCUGAUGAAAGCUAAAACAUGCCCCAACUUUGACAUCAAUGCCAUUACAAGUGAUGGCCAGUCAUUACUUCAUUUUGCAUCAUACAGCUAUAGCAUUUUGAUUAUGAAAGCAUUAAAAGAAUACGGCAUUGAUUCUUCAUUAGAUUAUAGAGGAUUAUCUCCCGUACACUUUGCUACCUGGUCAGUUUCUACCAGUGUAUUGAAUUAUAUUAUAUCUCAGUAUAAUCUCAAUGCCAAUGAUGCUGAUUAUGAAGGCUGUACACCAUUACUCAGCUCCUGUUCGUUAGGUAGUGUUAAUUCUGUUAAAUAUCUUAUUUAUGAUCAUAGCAGUGAUCCUACUGUCACUGAUAAUAACGGUAUGACUUGUCUUCAUUAUUCUUGUCGUCAUGAUAAUGAAGGACGUAUGUUAGUACAUCAUGCUGCAUGGAGUGGUAACUUUGAUUUAGUUAAUUAUCUUAUUACUGGACAAGUAACUUUUCUGAUUGAUGAUUUAAAAUGUGAUGUCACUGCUUUAGACAAAUAUGGAAAUUGUGUUUUAGAUGCCUUUUCAUCAGGUAAUAUUGAUUUGGUACGAUUAUUGAUACAACAGUACAAGCUUGAGCCUAUCAUUAGUAAUAGUUCUGGUUUGACAGCAUUACAUGCAGCAGCAAAGGCUGGUCAUACUCAUAUAUUGGAAUGGUACAGUCAGGAGUAUAGUGUGGAUAUUACUAAUCACACUGACAAUAACAAGUACACACUAGCUCAUGCAGCUGCUUAUGGAGGUAAGCUAAAUUGUCUACAGGAACUGAUCAACAAGUAUCACUGUGAUGUUAAUGCCACUACUACUGAUAAUGGUAGUACAGUUCUUCAUAGAGCAUGUGCAGGAGGCCAUGUUUCUGUUGUACUUUAUCUCACUAGUCUUCCUCAGUGUAAUUACAGUGACUCUCUUCCUAUACUCAAGCAUCUGGUAGAGAAUCAUCAGUUAGAUCUUUGUGCCGUGAAUGAUGAGGGAAUGGCUUCUAUUCACUUAGCAUGUAGUGAGGGAAGAUUGAACUUGAUCCAGUACAUUAUAGAACACAUACCAUCAUCAAUUGAACUACCUGACAGUCAACAUGGUCGUACAUCAUUCCUUACUGCAGUGUACUUCAAUCAGUUAGAAGUUAUUAAGUAUUUUAUUAGUAAAAAGUGUAAUCUAUCAGCUACUGAUGAUGAAGGGUCUGUAGCAGUUCACAUAUCAGCAGAAAGAGGUCACUUGAAUGUACUUGAGUAUCUCAUUGAUAACAAUUAUGGUAAUCCUAAUGUAGUUGAUUGUCAAGACCGUACACCACUACAUGUUGCUGUUGCAGCUGGACAGUUUGAAAUAUUAAAAUAUUUACUGAAUAAAGCAUUUAUUAGACAGUCCUCAUGA